GGGUGAAUCAACCGCUAUCAUACACAAACAGUUCGAAGCUCUCUCCUUCAUCAACGUUGUAUUUUCUCCAUUCAUAUUCCUUUUCCCAUUUUCACGCGAUUUCGAUCUCACGUACUCUUCUGAAACCUACUCUCACCUUUCACCGAUUGAAGAAGAAGAAGAAGGAGUGGAUCCACGAAGAUGAGCCAAAGUGUCUUCCACCAGACAUUGCUUUGUCAAACUCAAACGGUUGCGGAGCAUCAAAGUAAGGUUACUUUGUUCCAAUCAGUGAGUGUUAACAAAGAAAAGAAGUUUCUGCUUUCUACAAAUUUUCGCGGGAACAGGUUGUGUGUGAGGAAACGUAAAUUAACCAUGGGAAGGCACCGCCAUGCCGACGCUAUUCCACGCGCUGUGCUAACCACCAAUCCGGCUUCUGAGCUUUCAGGGAAGUUCAACCUUGAUGGAAAUAUUGAGUUGCAGGUUGGUGUUAGUUCUUCAGUACCAGGAGCUGCAACACACGUAGAUAUUCAGGUUUCAAAUAAUAAUGGCUCUCUGCUUUUACAUUGGGGAGUUGUGUGUGAUAAGCAAGGAAAGUGGGUACUUCCUUCGCGUCGACCUGAUGGAACUAAAGUUUAUAAAAACAGAGCUCUUAGAACUCCUUUUGUAAAAUCUGACGCAGGAUCUUUCCUUAAAAUAGAAAUUGAUGAUCCUGCUGCUCGAGCCAUUGAGUUCCUUAUCCUUGAUGAGGCUCAGAAUAAGUGGUUUAAAAAUAAUGGUCAGAACUUUCAUAUCAAGUUACCAGUGAAAGAUAAGCUAGUUCAGGAAGUUUCAGUUCCUGAAGACCUUGUAGAGAUUCAAGCAUAUCUUAGGUGGGAACGAAAGGGUAAGCAGUUGUACACUCCUGAGCAACAGCAGGAGGAAUAUGUAGCAGCCCGAGGUGAACUAUUGGAGGAAGUAGCUAGGGGCACUUCUGUACAAGACCUCCGUGCAAGGUUAACUAACAAAACUAAUGCUGCUGAAGUAAAGGUACCUUCUGUUUCUGAAACAAAGACCAUCCCUGAUCAACUUGUACAGAUUCAAGCUUUUAUACGCUGGGAAAAAGCUGGCAAGCCUAACUAUUCUCAAGAACAACAACUUAUGGAAUUUGAGGAAGCAAGAAAAGAAUUGUUAGCAGAGCUUGAGAAGGGAGCUACUCUAGAUGAGAUACAGAAGAAGAUCGACAAAGGAGAGAUACAAACUAAAGUUGCCAAGCAAUUGAAAACCAAAAAAUACUUCCGUGUUGAAAGAAUACAAAGGAAAAAGAGGGAUUUGAUGCAGCUUAUCAACAGAAAUGUUGCCCAAAAUAUAGCUAAACAAUUUAUAGAGGCUCCAAAAACCUUGACAAUAAUUGAACGUUAUGCCAAGGAAAGGGAAGAAUAUGAAAGAGGUCUUGUUUUGGAUAAGACAAUACACAAGCUUGCUGAUAAUGAUCUUUUGGUCCUCGUUACCAAGGAUGCUGGUAAGAUUAAGGUUCACCUGGCUACAGACUCAAAAAUACCUUUUACACUGCACUGGGCCUUAUCCAAAACAGCAUCUGGAGAGUGGCUGGUACCACCUGCAUAUGCUCUGCCACCUGGAUCUGUUACUAUGAAUGAGGCUGCUGAAACACCUUUUGAAGCUGGUUCUUCAUCUCAUCCUUCUUAUGAGGUCCAGUCCUUGGAUAUUGAGGUUGAUGAUGAUAGUUUUAAAGGAAUGCCUUUUGUCAUUCUGUCAGACGGAGAAUGGAUAAAAAACAAUGGAUCAAAUUUUUACAUUGAAUUUGUUGGGAAGAAGCAGAUACAAAAGGAUUUUGGUGAUGGCAAAGGUACAGCUAAGUUCUUGUUGGAUAAAAUAGCAGAAAAGGAAGGUGAGGCACAAAAGUCCUUCAUGCAUAGAUUUAACAUUGCAUCGGAUUUAGUAGAUGAAGCCAAAAAUGCUGGUCAAUUGGGUCUUGCUGGGAUUUUGGUGUGGAUGAGAUUCAUGGCUACAAGGCAGCUCGUAUGGAACAAAAAUUACAAUGUGAAGCCACGUGAGAUAAGUAAAGCACAGGAUAGACUUACAGACUUGCUCCAGGAUGUAUAUGCAAGUUAUCCACAGUAUAGGGAACUUGUGAGGAUGAUCUUGUCUACUGUUGGUCGUGGAGGUGAAGGAGAUGUUGGACAGCGGAUUCGAGAUGAAAUUCUUGUCAUCCAGAGAAAGAAUGAUUGCAAGGGUGGAAUGAUGGAGGAAUGGCACCAGAAGUUACACAAUAAUACUAGUCCUGAUGACGUUGUAAUCUGUCAGGCACUAAUUGAUUAUAUAAAUAAUGACUUUGAUAUUGGUGUUUACUGGAAAACAUUGAAUGACAGUGGAAUAACGAAAGAACGUCUAUUGAGCUAUGACCGUGCCAUCCAUUCUGAACCAAAUUUUAGGAGAGAUCAAAAGGAAGGUCUUUUGCAAGAUCUGGGAAACUACAUGAGGACUUUAAAGGCAGUUCAUUCUGGUGCAGAUCUGGAAUCUGCUAUUUCAAAUUGUAUGGGCUACAAAUCUGAGGGUCAGGGCUUCAUGGUUGGGGUGCAGAUAAAUCCAGUGCCUGGUUUGCCUAGUGGUUUUCAAGAAUUACUUCAGUUUGUCAUGGAACACAUUGAAGAUAAGGAUGUUGAACCACUUCUUGAGGGGUUACUUGAAGCUCGUCAGGAACUCCAACCAUCACUCGGGAAAUCCCAAAGUCGUCUGAAAGAUCUUAUAUUUUUAGAUGUUGCCCUUGAUUCUACAGUUAGAACAGCAGUGGAAAGAGGUUAUGAGGCAUUAAACAAUGCUGGACCGGAGAAAAUAAUGUAUUUUAUCUGCUUGGUUCUUGAAAAUCUUGCACUUUCAUCGGACAACAAUGAAGAUCUUAUCUACUGUUUGAAGGGAUGGGAUCUUGCCUUAAGCAUGUACAAGAGUAAAGACACUCAUUGGGCAUUGUAUGCAAAAGCAGUCCUUGACAGAACACGGCUUGCACUCGCAGACAAGGCACAUUUAUACCAGGAAAUUCUGCAACCUUCCGCAGAAUACCUUGGAUCACUACUUGGUGUUGACAGAUGGGCUGUGGAAAUAUUUACUGAAGAAAUUAUCCGUGCUGGAUCAGCUGCUUCUUUGUCUACUCUUCUAAAUCGACUGGAUCCUGUACUCCGAAAUACAGCUAAUCUUGGAAGCUGGCAGGUUAUUAGCCCAGUUGAAGCUGUUGGAUAUCUUGAAGUUGUCGAUGAGUUGCUUGCUGUUCAAAACAAGUCAUAUGAGCGACCUACAAUUUUGCUAGCCAAGAGUGUGAAAGGAGAGGAAGAAAUUCCAGAUGGUACAGUUGCCGUCCUGACACCUGAUAUGCCUGAUGUUCUAUCUCAUGUUUCUGUGCGAGCAAGAAAUAGCAAGGUGUGUUUUGCAACAUGCUUUGAUCCUAAUAUCCUGGAUAAUCUCCAAGCAAAUAAAGGAAAGCUUUUUCAGUUAAAGCCUACAUCUGCUGAUGUGGUUUAUAGCGAGGUCAAGGAGGGUGAGUUUGUUGAUGACAAAUCAACUCACCUGAAAGAAGUUGGUUCUGUGUCACCCUUAUCUUUGGUCAGAAAGAAGUUUAGUGGUAGAUAUGCUGUCUCAUCUGAGGAAUUCACCAGUGAAAUGGUUGGAGCUAAAUCUCGCAAUAUCUCUUAUUUAAAAGGGAAAGUUCCUUCUUGGAUUGGAAUUCCUACCUCAGUUGCCAUACCUUUUGGAGUUUUUGAACAUGUUCUUUCUGAUAAAUCAAAUCAGGCAGUGGCUGAGAGGGUCAAUAUUUUGAAAAUGAAGUUGAUUGAGGGAGACUUCAGUGCUCUCAAGGAGAUUCGUGACACAGUUUUACAGCUUAAUGCACCUUCCCAGUUGGUGGAGGAGUUGAAAACUAAAAUGAAGAGUUCUGGAAUGCCUUGGCCAGGUGAUGAAGGUGUACAACGCUGGGAACAAGCUUGGACGGCUAUAAAAAAGGUAUGGGGCUCAAAGUGGAAUGAGAGAGCAUAUUUCAGCACAAAAAAAGUGAAACUCGACCACGAUUAUCUUUCAAUGGCUGUCCUUGUUCAGGAAGUGAUAAAUGCUGACUAUGCUUUUGUCAUCCACACAACUAAUCCAUCUUCUGGAGAUUCUUCAGAAAUAUAUGCUGAGGUGGUAAAGGGCCUUGGAGAAACACUGGUUGGAGCUUAUCCUGGUCGUGCUUUGAGUUUUAUAUCCAAAAAACAUGAUUUGAACUCCCCUCUGGUCUUGGGUUAUCCUAGCAAACCUGUUGGCCUAUUUAUAAGACAGUCAAUUAUUUUUCGAUCUGAUUCCAAUGGUGAAGAUCUAGAAGGUUAUGCUGGUGCUGGCCUUUAUGACAGUGUCCCAAUGGAUGAGGCGGAGAAAGUGGUGCUUGAUUAUUCAUCAGACCAACUGAUCCAGGAUGGUAGUUUUCGCCAGUCAAUCUUGUCAAGCAUUGCCCGUGCAGGAAAUGCAAUUGAAGAGUUGUAUGGCUCUCCUCAGGACAUUGAAGGUGUCAUCAAGGAUGGAAAAGUCUAUGUUGUCCAGACCAGACCACAAAUGUAGGCCACUAGAUCCAUAUCAUAUGAGCCGCCUACCUCAACCAUUCAUUAUCGUGCAACAUGGCGUUUCAAACAUGCCUGAGGUAGCUUGUGAGUUUGAGAGUAAACCUGCGGAUUACCAAAUUUAGCUUAUAGAUUUAUUGUAAGCGAUACAUUAAGGAAUAAUUUAUCAGUAAAUAAACCAUAGAAGUAAAUUAAGAAAAAAAAUUAAAUGGUCCAAUUCUUUUUUCCUACUAUCUAUUUACAUCUAAAUUUGCUUCUUCCUAAUCAAGAUUGCUUUUU